CGUGAUGAAAUACAGGCCCAUCAAGGUUUCUGCAUUUUUAUUAAUAAAUAAAUAAAAAACGCAAUUGAACGAAAUAUCAAGAAAAAUGGUAGUACAAGGCUUUUUUUUUUACAAUUACCUAAAAUCUAAAUAUAGUGGGAGAAUGGGAGCGUGCUAUUCGCCGCCGUGCGACUUGCCGAUAACGGCCACUCCGCCAACGUGGCCCGCCGGAAACGGACCGUGGCCAUGAUGGGGCUUCAAAACCACCUCGGUGGGCUAUGCGAUGCUAUUCGCCAAUUUGGGUUCUCCUUUACUCGUUCUCUAUCCACUUUGCACAAUCGCCAAACCCUAAUCUGUUGUCGCUUAUUAUGGUUGCGGUGAUUCCAGUGGUCUUUGGCGAUGAUGAUCUCGUUGCUGGGGUUGAGCGCAGUGAUCUCUCCCUCAUAGGGAGGGUUAUUGGGCCCGCUCAUCCCCUUCGUAAUCUCCAGACUACUCUUGGACGCCUUUGGAAAUGUUUCGGCGCGAUUUCCAUUCUUCCGGCUCCGAAAGGGCUGUUGCAGUUCGUCUUCCCGACGGAAGCUGAUAUGAACGGGAUUCUGAGGGAGGCGCCGUGGUUCCUUCCUAAGUUCCUUGUCAAUAUGGUUCCUUGGGUGACGGUUACCCCUGAAGUGGCUGAACAAUUGUGGCGAGUCCAUCUUCAACUCCAAUUAUGGGAUAUUCAUCCGCUCUGCUGUACUCGCAAGGUGGGGACAUUGCUAGGCCUAGCCCUAGGUAAGAGUGACCCGGCUGCGGUUCACAAGGAGGUGGUUUCAGGGGAACUCUAUAUCCACUCCAAGGUCUGGAUUGAUGCUCGUUAUCCGCUCCCGGUGUCAGUCUCUACCUCUCACGAGAAGGUCGGCAAAGGUGGCUUCACAGCGACUAUCAAAUACAAAAGACUCUCUCAAUUUUGUUACCUGUAUGGGAUCCUAGGCCACAUUGGUCAACAAUGUCCUCGGCGAGAAGAACUUGUUGGGAUGGUGACCCCGUACAGUAAGGAACUUGUGUCGAAGAGAUCUGGCCCAAAGGUGAAUGAACGUACUCUGCUUAGUCGGAAACAAUACACUUGGGUGCGUCAGGUUAAGGAAGGGGACGAGAAGCACGGUGGCCAUACCAGUCGUGGUCUCUUGUCAGCAAUGCCUCAGGCCAAUCCUUCUUUUGCUCCUGUUAUCGAGGCUGGCCACCUGCUCCUAACUGCUAGAACGUCGUCGACCGUUCCAAUGGUGACUCCGCAGGGGGCGGCCUUGCCAUUCAGCAGCCUGCCUCAUUGGUUCGUGAUACAUCACUGCUUGAUGGUGCGAUAAAGAUGUCUUUAGCGUCCAAGAAAGCUCUUGUCGACUCGAUGGAUACCUCUGGUGUCAAAGUGGAUGAAUCUGCGGUGGAGACAACCAGCCCAAACUGGUCCCAGCAACCGCGAUGAGCAUGGUGGUAUGGAAUUGUCAGGGCUUGGGGUCUCCCCUGACAAUUCCUUCAUUGUUUGGGGCCAUUUGUCGCUUUUCUCCGUCGAUUGUCUUUCUCAGUGAAACUAAGCACGAAGAUGACUUUGUACAUAAGAAGCUUAGGCGUUUAGGGUAUCAUUUUAUCCAUUGUGUCUCCCCUGUUGGUAGAACAGGAGGCUUAGCUCUUGUGUGUUCGUCUUCUGUUAAUUGUCGAGUCUUAGAUGAAGUUGGAUUCUUCAUGUUUGUGGAAUGUCAGCAUGUAGUUUGGGGCACCUUGGGAGUCAUAUUUGUUCACUUGCAUUGUGAUGCAAAUAUUCGUCUUUCUCAAUUUAAUGAACUAUUGCAUUUGUGUUCGUCUUACACCAUGCCUAAGAUUGUUGUAGGUGAAUUUAAUUGCCUGCUCCAAGCAUCAGAGAAAAUUGGUGGCAGAACUCCUUCCUUGUGCUCCGUGACUUCAUUGACUCGGCAGGCUUGCUAGACUUGGGAUUUAAGGGUCCACCAUUCACUUGGUCUAACCGUCAAUGAGUGGCUACUCAUAUUUUAGAGAGACUAGAUAGGGGUUUGGUUUCUACUAAUCUCUUGAAUCUGUGGCCUAAUAUGCAGGUCACUCACUUGACCGAUCUAGGGUCGGAUCACCAGAUCUUGCUGCUCCAACUGAUUCCAACAUCAGGAAAGGGCAAACCAAGAUUUCAUUAUGAUCGUCGUUGGUGCACUAACAAUGAUGCCAGGGCGAUUGUAGCUCGUGUUUGGCGGUCGAGUGCCACAGAGACUCUCCAAUUUCAAAUGUUCUCCCUUUUCAAAGAGGUACGCCAUCAACUUGUUCACUGAGCGAGGCUUGGCACUACGAAUUCAGCUCGGCAAAUCAGAGAGAUGCGGGAAGCCAUUCAAUUUGAACGCGACAAACUGCCGACGGAUUGGGACACCAUUAAAAGCUUGGAAUCUCAGCUUUCAGUUGCCUAUCUUCAGGAGGAAGCUUAUUGGAAACAAAAGUCUCGAACAAACUGGUUGCAAAAGGGGGAUGCUAACUCCAAGUACUUCCAUAUCACCACUACUCAGCACCGGCGGCACAACUUAGUAGAGGUACUUCGAGAUGACUCUGGGAGCCCUCAUUUUGAUGUGCCUGCAAAAGGGACUAUCUUUGUGGGUUUCUUCCACACUCUUUUUCUUUCAAAUGGGAAUUCCCCAAGCUUCCUUAUGCAUGCGCUGGGCAUCCAGCCGAAGAUCACUGCUGGACAUAAUGCUUUUCUCUAGGCUACUAUAACUCGGGAAGAGAUCAGAGCGGCCGCAUUCAGUAUAGGACCGGGCAGGCACCGGGUUCCGAUGGCCUGACUGGGGCUUUCUUCCAGACUUAUUGGGACGUCAUUGAAGACUUGGUAUGCAGGGAAGCCUUAUCCUUUUUCAGAACAGGAAUAUUGCUGCAGAAUUUCAACCACUCUAACAUCACUCUGAUUCCGAAGGUUCCGAAUGCAGAACUUAUGUGACAGAUGCGUCUGAUUAACCUCUUCCAGGUUUUCUACAAGAUCCUCUCCAAGGUUCUUACCUCACGUCUUGUUGUUGUUCUUCCCUCUGUGAUCUCUAAUACUCAGAAUAGCUUCAUCAAGGGCCGAGAUAUAUCUGACAACAUUCUUAUAGCCCAGGAGGUGAUGCAAUUCUUGAAAACAAAAUCACAAGGUCGGGAUAGGUGGAUGGCCUUAAAACUCGAUAUGGAAAAGCAUACGAACGGGUUGAAUGGGAUUUCCUCUUUGCAGUCAUGGAAGCUCUGAGAUUUAACGAUCAAUGGAUGAAAUAGAUAAAGGUCUACGUCACAA